AUGCCCGACGCCUACUUCAGUGUGUUGGUGGGCGCGACGCUCCUGAUCCUGCUUGUGAUUCAAAGAACGUCGAUGAAAGAAUCUCCGUUCGGGUCCGAAGCCUGGAGGUGGCUGGUACUCACGAUCUUCGGGAUCUCAGUAGUCUAUGUUCUGGUGCCAAGCUUGCGCAGACCCUGCACUCACAACUACUGGUAUGCUUUUUUGAUGGCCAUCGGCGGCACUGCCAUCAUCUACCAGGCCGCCAACCCAGAGGAUCCGAAUGCAUGGUCGCUUCCACAAGCCUCGCUACAGAUUACAGGGCUUGUCCGCAUCCCUGCCGUUUGUCUCACGAAGAGCAUUCCAUUGGUGGCUCUCUGCAACGUAGCCAUUAUCGUGCUGGCCAUCGUAUUCUCGCCUGCGGCCCUCAUUGGCUUGGAGCUCGUCAGUGCCACCUGCGCUGUCAUCGCUGCCAUUGCACUGCAGGUGUUGCUGAAGCAAUCAGCAGAGCGAAGCCUCAACAUCAGCAAAAUGAGCAGCGAUCUCCAAGCUGCACGGGCACUGCUGCAGCUCAUCUGCGAUGCCGUAGUUGAGCUGGAUGAGUCUCUCCGGCUCUCACACCACUCGCCUGAGCUGGCUGCAAUCUUGCUGCGGGACGCCAGUCCGGGGAGGCGUAGCCUCCAGGGCACGCGAUUUCGAGACUUCGUCGCGACACCAGAGGAAGCAGCCAAAGCGCAGAAGGAACUCCUCGGAGUCUCAAGCCGUUCAGCAGCUUCCGCCUUCCACACACGCCUGGUGGAUGCCUACAACAGCAAGUUCCGGACGGAGGUUUUCCAUGUGAGAUAUCAACAGAAUGGCAGGACCAGCCAUUUGAUCGGCCUCCGAGACUUCACGGAUCAGACUUCGCUGGCCCGCAACUCUCGCAUCGACUCGAAUGAGUCAGCCCUGAACGUCAGCUCAGACAAAGUCUCGCUGAGCAGGUCUUCCCCACUACUUCCUCAGUACAACGUCUUGCUGCUUGUUGAUCUGAGCAAGAGGGUGGUGGAGGCCGCGUCGAUUUCGGCAUUUGGCCUGGUGGGCGCUGGCGUUCUUGAUCUCUUUCCUCAAUUUGGAGCGGAGCUGCUGAACAAGGCGCGCGAGGCUGACGUUGAAGACACGACGCGAAGGUUUUGCUUCGAGCAUGUUGCGGUACGAUGUGGCCCAGGGCAGACGGACCGCAUCGAUGGUACUGCGGAGGUGUGCUUCCUGCUUCCAGACACGCAAAUUGCAAACGAGAACUUCGUCGAAGAGGUGUCGGGACUUCUGAACACCGGAGAAGUCCCAAACCUCUUCAACGCUGAGGACAAGACGCAGAUCUUGGAGCUUUGCACCAACGUCGCUGCCAAGGAGGGGCGCCAUGGCCCAGCCGAGGUGCGGAUGUUCCCUUCGCUGGUCAAUUGCUGCACGAUCGAUUGGUUCCACGAGUGGCCUGAUGCCGCUCUGCAGAGUGCAGACGACUCAGCCGAAGUGGCGAAUCACUUCCUCGGCAAGACUGGCAUGCCAGACGACGUUCUGAAAGGUGUGGUGAAUGUUUGCGUAGCAAUGCAGAAGAGUGCCGAAGUCUCAGCAUGGGCUUUGCCUGUUUUCACGUUGGCUGAGCGCUUCCAGAAGGAGGUGCAACGCUACUACUACGCGCAGGAGAUUCCUUUUUCGGCCAUCGGGCAGUACGCCAGCACGAGCGAAACCAGGAUCCACAGACGAGCUCUUGAGUUGGUUACCCCGACAUCGUACCUGGAGUUGAUCAAUGCAUUCAAAGGUCUUCUGGCCAACAAGCAGGACGAGGUUUCCAAGAUCAAGUCCAGGUAUGAUGUUGGCCUGGACAAGAUCAUGUCCACCGAGGAGCAAGUCACCACGAUGCAGGCUGAGCUGGAGGAGCUGAAGCCCACGCUGAAGAAGACAGCGGAAGAAACGGUCUGCCCCCCCGCUCCUUCAGGUCUCAGAGGCCAGUUUCGGCCAUUAUCCAAGGAGUCGGGCCAGAAAGCGCAAGCCGAAUGGAACUUGCUGAUCACGGGCUGGGAUAGCGCAGUUUACAGCUUAUACGAGAGUGCACGGGCAUAG